AUGUACGACGACUCUUGGUAUAGCUUUGUCGACCACUCCAACCCCAACCGAUCGACGCCCAGCGCACAAGGGCCGGGACAUCGACGAAGCCAGUCGCUACUGCAGCAGCCAAAUGGGACCGUCACCACGCCCGGCGAAGCGGCCCAGAAGCUCGAGAAUGUGUACGAAGACAUUGAGAACACCAAUACGCCACCCGAGCCGACCCUGACUCGAAGAGCAGCAUCGUAUUCUGAUUUCUACCAUGUGGUGAAAGCGCAGCUGUCGAAAGAUGUGUCCCUGAAGAAAAAGAAGGCACCCAAGAAGAACAGGCGGUGGGAGAGUCUCGCGCUGUGCGAAAAGUCGGUAGCACGUCUACACCAGAGUCAAGGGUUGGAUCUGUACCAGCCUGCGCUCGAGGAGAAGCUACUUCAGGCUAGCCAGGAAGACUACUUGCUGUACCGCGACCAGCUGGUGUUAACGGAGCGCCACCUCACUGGGCUGGUCGACGACGCCAAUUCGACGCUGGAUAUCCUGGCCACUAUGUCGAACUCGUUCAAGUCUGUCGAGACGCAGACGUCGUCCUUCCGUUCGCAGUGCGAGGACCUCCUGACGGAGCAAAGGCGACUAGAGAAGCUGGCAGAUGACGUGGGCACAGACCUGCACUACUACGCCUACCUCGAAACCGCGACGCGCCGACUCAAUGCGCCCGGGGCGAGUCGGCUGGUGGAAGAUGAUGAUUUCGGCGACAUGGUGUCCAACAUUGAUGCUUGCGUUGUCUUCAUGGGGGAACAUGAAAAGUACCGUGAUCGCGACACGUACCUGGCCCGCUACCAAGCUCUGCUGACCAAGGCACUGCAUCUCCUGGAUCACGGGUUCACCGCGAGGCUGGACAAGAUCAUGUCGGAAAUGGGUCGACAAAUAGCGGCGACGCAAUCGGACGCGGCGAGACACGCUUUGGCGUAUGGCCGCUUCGAGGAGAUGAUUAUGGACACCUACUCUUUGGUGCCCAAUAUCCAAAAGGUGGUACGAAGGGCCUUUGAUCAAUGGGGCAGACCAGUAGUCUCUUCGCGCGAUCUCUCAACGUACACGGUUGCUGCCGGCAACAUGUUCCAGGUCUAUCUCACAACCAGAGAUCGACACCUCAAGACCAUGGUGCAGCAUGACAUUGACGAGUACAAAAGGGAGGUCAAGAGCUUGUCGGUGGAGACAGCCUCGCGCAAUUACAUCAAGCAGUGCUUUGAGCAGCUAUACAACGAAGACAACUUGUUCACCCGGGUAUUCAGUGUCGAGCCCACAUGGAGCUCUGCGCCCGAGUCGGCGUUCCAGACCGUCAAGGCUGUCAACACCACAAUGGUGCACCCUGGCCAUCUUGCACCGCUAGGCACCCUCCUGGAGCAGAAUCUCAAGGUGUCGCAGCUCAAGACCGUGUGCAACAUUGUGGGCUGGCUGGCCAACGAGUACUCGGUGGCCGAAGUCGAGGAUGAAGAAUCCCCCUUCUUCCGCAGAAGCAAGGAAUACGCUGCGCAGCUCCUCGUGUGGCACCUUUGGCCCCUUACCGAUGGCGCCUUUGAGGCGGAGAUCAACAAGUCGAUCACGAGGACUACGAUACAAGACAACACUCUGACAAUUGGCCCUGUUGAAGGGGGUACAUCGUCAUCAAACGCGCAUGUCCUGGUCAAAAAGGCCAUUGAGCUGCUGUCCAUGUUCGACCAGGCGAUGCCCAAAGAAAGAUCUUCCAAAGACAGCCCGGUCGUCUUCAAGAUUGUCCGCGAGACGAUCCAGAUCCUGCAAAAGGCAGAGUCGAGGAUACGCUCCAUCAAGAACGGCACCGACCCUGACCUCUUCAUGAUCAAGAACCUUCUCAUCAUCAAGAACGAGCUGCUUUCGCUGGAGAUUGGCGACAUCCGCGGCCACGCCGCCUCUAUGCAGCACUUUGGCCAGAUCUGGGACACGCUGAGCCCUUCCAACUGGGUCAGCUUCUUCGGCAGCGUCAUUGGCGGCUCGCUCUGGUCCCGCGGCGGCGGCGCACCGACCGUAACGGCCAAGACGCUCACGCUGGAAGACAUGAGCGAGCAGCUCGACGAGUUGCUGCGCCAGUCCAUCCACGCGUUCGCCAACCGCUGGGCGACGCUCACCAACGACGCGAAGGCUCGCAAGACGGGUGUCAAACCCAUAGCCAAGGUCGAGAGCGAGCUGGAGACGAUAUUGACAACGGCUUUUAGCAACCAGCCAGAGGUCAUUGAGAAGCUACAGGAAGCCAUCGAGCUGAGCGCGCAAGCGCAAAACGACGCCAAGGAUGGCAAGAAAGGGGCGAGGCGUUAUUGA